AUGUCCUCUGCCCCUGAGGCGAAGUCGUCCAGUACGAGGCCGCGUCUCAAACGUGUGCUUCGAGCCUGCGACAACUGCCGUAUUAGAAAGGCAAAAUGCGACGGUCAGCUGCCUUGCGCAGCAUGUAACCUGCAUCAACUUGAAUGCAGCUUUGACAGCCCUCGAGUGUCAAAAAGACGGGACUUGAAGUAUAUUCAAGAGCUUGAAAGAACGGUCGAGAGGUUGACAGCGUUGGUGCGCGUGGUGUCCCCACAUGUCGACUUGGAGAAGGCCAUUGCAGAUGACGAGCUAUCCAGCGACAUCCUCGAGCUCGUAAGGCCGGGGAAACGGGUCAAAUCGGAGGGGCCCGAGAGGAGUGCCCAGAGCUUCGGCAGCAAUGCUGUUCCUCCCAACACUUUCCUCGAAACUAUGGUCGAUGGAACGGGCCAUUUGAACAUCGACGACUCGGGAAAUUGCGACUACAAUGGGAACUUCGCAGGCCUGAUCCUCCUUCAACGCAUCCGCGAGCGCUGCAAUGAUUUGAUCAGUGAAGGGACUGGAGUCAGUGAUGUACUGAUUGAUGACGACGGGUCUCCCAUUCCCCAGCCCUUCCAGCCUUUUGCCUCGCCGUCUCCAGCGAAUCCACCAGAGCCAAAAACCCAUGUUCUUCCACCGAUGAAGCGGGCGGAGAAGCUCGUCGAUAUAGCGUUCGAAUGCGCCUUCCCCCUCCUUCAAUUCAUUCAUCGGCCAACCUUCCAGAACCAAUUCGAGGAGUAUUACCCGGUCGAGAAUUCAAAUGUCGAGGGCAACGAACCACGCUUCCUAGCACUGUUGCUGGGGGUUUUGGCGGUCGGCGAACUCUUCUCAGCAGAUGUAGUUGAACCCGGCAGUGGAAAAGGUCAUGUGCAGACAUCGCAAGCUGAGUUGUACUACCGGGCUGGUCAAUCGCUGAUUGAUGUCACUGAUAUCCGGGAUAUCAUGUCACUUCAAGCUCUUGUCUGCUUCGUCAUUUACCUGCAGUCUUCGGCCAUGAUCUCCCACUGCUACACCCAUAUCUGCAUCGCAUUGUCUUCCGCCACGCGCAUGGGACUCCAUCGCUCGGCCACGUCUCAACGGUUCGGUUCGAUCGACCGCGAAGUUCGGAAGCGCAUUUUCUGGGUCAUUCGGACGAUGGAUACGUACGUGACGACCAUCUUAGGGUUACCGCGCACAUUGAACGACGACGAUAUCGACCAAGAGCUCCCGGGCAAUGUCGAUGAUGAGUUUCUCACAGAGAGUGGUGCCAUACAACCCAUGCAAGAUCAUCCUCGCUUUUCUUCCAUGACGGCGUUGAACGCACAUGUCCGACUCUUGAGGAUUAUGAGUCGUGUGGUGAAGACGGUACAUUCCGGACAUCGGCCUCAAGCAGCAGCUAUGCAGGCCGUCCCUGGCCCAGGGCCAUAUAAAGUCGACUACGCCAAAAUCGUUGCCGUCGAAGCCGAGCUGGAUGCGUGGUUUUCCGAACUCCCAUCGUAUCCCUGUGGAGCGCUCCAAGACGUCCCCAUCGAGCACGUCAAGCAACAGCUGCUCCUGCGACUCGCCUACGCGCAUGUACAGAUGGUGCUGUAUCGACCCUUCCUUCAUCAUAUCUCCAAGUCCCGAAACGACCCCAACUUCGACCUCCGCGCGUUCGCAUGCGCUUCGGCGUGCACCAAGGCCGCCAUGCAGGCCAUAUGGCUCGUCCAAGCCCUGGAAGACCGUAAGUUGCUAGUGGGAUGUUAUUGGUUCACGGUCUAUAUCACAUUCUUCGCCGUCGCGUGCCUGCUCAUGUUCGUAUUGACCAACGGCCACGAUCCGUCCGCCAAGGAUACCUUUGAUUUCGCCGAACGCGGGCGGAAUAUCCUGGUCAAGAUGAAGGGCGGUUGUGGGUUGACGGCAAGUCGCUGCGUUGAAUGCUUGGAGCCGAUUUUCGCGAAGAUUCCCGAAACUGGCUUCGUCCCUCGGGAUUCGUCCGCGUCGAACGCGUUUGAGUUCGAAACCAUGCCGCCGUCCAUUGCUCCCGGCGCCUCCUCGACGAUUCUGAUGCCACGUCCACUGAAUUUCAUCCCCUUUCGACCGAAUCCGGAGCCAAGCGAUCCAAAUUUUCCGAGCAACACCUUUCACCAACAUCAUCCGGCUCCCUCCACAUCCCUCUCCCAUCUUCUCCACGAACGAAGCAACAUGGCGUUCCAGCAAACCGCCGGCCGAUCAUCCAUGCCGGCGGUGUCAUCGUCAUUCAUGGACAUGCCUUCCAAUCAACUGGACACCCUCAUGGCCGAACCGCCACUGCACGGGAACAUGACGGCAGGAUUUUCCGAUUUUGGACACAAUUUGGGCGAUUUUCACGGGCAGGACGGGACGUCCGCCAAUCAUCCAUUACGGGGCGCAGCUCCGGCGGCUUCGGAUCUCGAUGCGAGGGUAUAUGCACCCGUGUAUCCGUAUCCGGAGUUUGUGGACUGGGAGAUGUUUGUUGAUCGACCAUAG